AUGAAGACCACCGCCUUCCUUACCUUCAUCGGCGCGGCCAGCGCCCUCGCCGUUCGCGGCGUUCCUCUAGCCGGAGCAGCCUUCGAGGCCCCCAACACCCUCAUCCAGUACCAGCGAUGGUGCCCGGUUUGCGAGACCGUUGCCCUGAACCAGGCUUGCAUUGCGAAGCGCGCAAGCUGUCAGGCCAGCACCCUCAUCGUCCCUGAUGAUGCUCCCGAGUGCUCUGAGCGCUGUAGCAACACAUGCCAGCGGUCUGCCGUUGCCGACAGCGACUACGGUUACGUCUGCAACAUGACCAUGCCCGCCGCUGGUGCCCAGUAA